AUGAGUCGAAGAUAUUUUCGUAAUCUUGAAGAGGCCAUUGAUUAUUUAAAUUCUGAACAAAUAGAUGCUGAUAUAGCUGCAUUGCCCCCCGAAUUCGAUGAUUUAACAGACGAGGAUGAAAUCAAUGACGAUGAAUUAGGCGUUGCUGAGGUGGAAGACAUACCCGGAGGGACUGAAGUUUUUAUUGAGGAAGAAGAUGAUCAAAAUCUUGAUGAUGAAUAUGACUUACCGCUUGUAUCAAUAACCAAAAGAAAAUAA